AUGCGGCAGAUGUCGGAGGAAAGGAUGCCAAAGGGAGAGCAGACUGUGGUGAAAACCAAGAAAACAGUGAGAAUAAUGGAAGAAAUGAGGAGAACACAGAAGACACUCGAGGAAAAGUCAUCAGAUGACAUUUUAUCAGAGGAAAGGCUGGGUGAUGGUUUUUAUACAGAGGGGGAAGUUUUGGUGAAAUUCAGAAAGGAUGUGGAGAGGGUUCCACAUAGAGUCAGACAAAUGGAGAAGCCCCAAGAAGAAGAAGAAGAAGAAGAAGAGGUAGUGGAAGUGAAUAUGCAGCCAUCCCAGCCAGAAGACAAGGACGAUUGGGUUGUGCUGCUGGACAGCCUCCCACACAAGAUUCUUUAUAAGCCUCCAGUCAUGCCAGCCGACUCCGCUCUGGUGCCUGUGGUCUCCACAAGAUUCUCUGUGGUGUUAGUAGACACGGUCGAGCAGAGAGCACCAGAGAGGGAAUGCAUUGAAGUGGAGGCCACACAGCAACAGCCUCAAAGGGGAUUGGUGGAAGCACGGAGACCGUGGCAAAUGCAGGAAGAUGAUUGGUUUAUGCUCUUGGACCUGGCUGAUCGUGUUCCUUCAGGUGUACCAACCACACCAGUUUCAGCUUCUUUGCAAGAGCAAGUUCAGGUGUACGUAGAUGAAACCAUCUCUUCCAUGGUUAAAGUGAUGACAGUGGUGCAGAGAGAGGAGACCAGGGUGACUGUAGUGGAGGAGAUGGAGGUACAGGAAGACCAGAGCCGUCUGGAACAGAAACCGUCACAGAGAGAGAUGGAAGAUGACUGGUUUGUUCUGCUGGACAUUGUUCCCAGAGAACCAUCUGUGAUUCCAUCAGCUUCUGUGGAAGAGCGUAUUCCGGUAUACCCUGAGGAAAGCGUCUCCUCUGUGGUUGAGUUGACGACAGUAGAGCAGAGAGAGGAGAGAAGGGUGACUGUAAUGCAAGAGGAGCGACGUCAAGAAGAAGUUCUACUUCCACCACAGCCAUCAAGAGAGAUGGACGAUGACUGGUUUGUGCAACUGGAUGUCGUGCCCAGAGAAACAUCCUAUAUACCACCAGUCGCUCCAGCAGAGCCAACACCGGUUUCUCAAGAUGUGAUCAGCCCUGUGGUUGAGGUAAAGGCUGAACAGCAGAAGCCAGUGGUGGUUCUGGUGGAGGAGACGAGGCCACAACAGGAACGGGAAGUAGAGGAGUGGCAGCGACAACCAGAGAGAGAUGAUGAUUGGUUUACACUGUUUGCUGAUGUCCGUGAGGAGCCGAUCAUUGUACCACCAGUUGCUCUUGGUGAGCAUACUCCGGUAUAUCCAGAUUUAAGCCAGACAACCUCUGUAGUUGAUGUGACGACCAUAGAAAGAACAAUUAAGAAGAGGGUGACUAUUGUUGAAGAGAGGUGGGGACAGCAAGAGGAGAUCCUCCAGUCAGAGAUGAUCAUCCCAGAGCAGAGACCACCAGCAGAGAGAGAGGAGGGAAAUGGACGGUUUGUUCUGUUGGAUGCCGUCCGUGAAGAACGUGCUGGGGUUCCACCAGUUUCCCUGGCUGUUAGCGAUAGGGUAUACCCAGAGGUUGUGCCAGCCAAACAUCUGACCAUUGAGCCUGAACCAAGAGUGUUUGUGGUGGAAGCAGUCCAAUCACUUCCUGAAGAUGUUGCCCUGGAGGGUAAGGCAACACAACCGCAGAGAGAGCAGGAUGAUGAUUGGUUUUUGCAGCUGGAUGUUGCCCCUACAGUAGCAGCUGCACCAGUGGUGGUGAUUUACUCUGAUGUGAGCACCACAGCUGUUACGGUGGUGAAGGAGACAGUGGAACAGAAACCACCAAAGACCGUGAGGAUCAUGGAAGAGACUGUUAAGAUGGAGGAGGGGCCGUUGGUAACACCUAAAGAAGUGGAUGAUGAUUGGUUCGUGCUCUGGGACCGCGCUCCCUCCAAGACAAUGACCACACCCAAGGCGUUCCAUGUAGACAGAGAGGUUAUAGAGCUGGUACCCCGGAGAACAGUGAUUGUGGUGGAGGAAACUAGGAAACCACAUAGAGUGGUGGAGGACAGACGUCAACCGGAGGUUGAACUGGUGAAAACACUGCCUCCCCAAGAGAGAGGGGAGGGUGAUGAUUGGUUCACGCUCUUUGAAGCCUCUCGCCAAGAGCCUGUGAAAAUGCCAACAGUUGCUGUGGUAACUAGACCUGCCCCUGUGGUUGAUGUGAUGGUGACGAGCACAGAGCAGAGAACCCAGAAAAGGGUGACGAUAGUGGAGGAGAGGUGGAGAGAGGAGAGGACCCUGCAGCAGAGACUGCCUCAGAGACAGAGAGGGAUGGACGAUGACUGGUUUGUCCUGCUGGAUGCUGCCCAUAAAGAAUUAGUUGCUCAACGUGAGCGUCUCCAGGUCUAUACUGACAUAACUGUGGUCAAAGGUCCAGCCGCUCAGCCCAAACCCAGAGUGGUGGUUGAGGAGGAGAAGAGACCAGCACAACCCCAGAGAGAUGUGGAUGACCAUUGGUUUGAGUUGCGGGAGAAAAAAUUGGUUGCAGUGGUGGCCACCCACAAGGCCACCCGUCCGGUCAGCGCCCCAGUCUUCUCCCAGGCAGCCCUGAUGGAAGCAGGGAUCCCCAUGGCCCCCCUGGACCUCCAGCAGCCCCAGACCUCCACCCCCAUCAGGCUGCCAGCCCGCCAGGACGACAGGAAGCUGCAGGUCACCGUGGAGGCAGUGGACGAGGGCUCAGCUGAGGUCAAGUCUGAGCAGACGCACACUGAGGAGCCGGUUCAAAUGAGGAAGAAAAGAGCGAAGAGAACUGAGGGUGACUCAAUUUAUAUCAGACAUAGUCUUUUAAUGUUGGAGGACUUUGAGAAGCCCCAGGAGGAUCUCAUCAGGCAUCAUACUAGUAUCAGUGAGCUGAAGAGGAACUUCAUGGCGUCUGUCCCAGAGCCGGGGCCCAGCGAAUGGGACAAGCGCCUGUCUACUCACUCCCCCUUCCGCAGCCUGGGCAUCAAUGGACAGCCUUUACCUGAUGCCGACGGGCCCCCUCUGGUUCAGACCCAGACAGUCACCAUCACAGACGUGUCCAACUCCCUCCCUACUGACGUCUCCACUAAGGAUGUCCCUAUCGUUCAGACCCAGACUAUCAGCUACGAGUCUGCAGAGGUGUCAGUUGAUGGG